AUGAGGACAAUAUUUCGUGGAGGCGUUUUAAGACGUGCAGAAUUAAACCAAGUAAAUAAUUGUACGAAGAGCAUUUUCAGUUUCUGUCACACGGCCUGUGCAAAACACCAGAGUAAUUUUGAGGGAUCUGAUGUUGAAGAGGCGUAUGUCAAAGCUAAACCCUUUAAAGAGAUACCUGGACCAUCUGGAUUGCCUGUUAUCGGAACGCUGAUGCAAUACACAGGUCCUUUUCGACAGCAUGACGUAGCACAUUACCAGGCCGUGCUCGAAUCAAGAUGGAAACAGUACGGUUCUAUUAUGAAGGAAACUAUCGGCAAAAGUACGGCGGUCCGAUUGUUCGACCCAGACGACAUUCAAACAGUCUACAAACACGAAGGAGUGUGGCCACACAUUGUCCCUAUCCUGGAGAGUUCGAAGAAGUAUCGGGAAUCCAGAAAUAUGUCGCCUGGACUUGGCAACAUAAAUGGCGAAGUUUGGAGUACAUUGAGGAAAGCUAUUCAGCCAGUGAUGAUGCGACUCCAAGAUGUAGCUGAAUUUCUUCCAUAUGUAAAUGAAGUAGCUGAUGACGUCAUUGACAAAAUAGACAACAUGGUGGACAACACGGGGAGUAUUCCACAUUUCAAUAACCUCAUGGCAAGGUGGAACCUAGAAACUGCUGCUAGGAUCUGCUUUGAUCAGAGACUUGGGGCACUGGACGAAGGUACUGAUUCUCAUUCGCAGAGAAUGAUACAGGCAAACUACGACAUAUUUGAUUUAUCGACAAAGAUGAUGUUCACUCUCCCUUGGAAAUUCAAAGCCAAUCAGAGACUUUCUGAUCGGCACUAUGAAGCGGAGGACUACUUUUAUAGCAAUGGUCAGAACCUUGUGAACACAGCUGUGUCACGUAUCAAGACAUUAGCAGCCAAUAAAGACCUGAAAGAAGGGCAGUUUCUGUUCAUUUCAUAUCUUUUGUUUAAUACAAACCUUAGCUUCGAGGAUCUUAGCAUCACGGCACUUACCUUAUUUGCUGACGGGCUGAAUGCGACUGUGCCCACGUUUCUGUUAGCACUUUAUUGCUUAGCAAAGAAUCCUCAGAUUCAGGAAAAGGCAUUCAGAGAGCUGCAACGAAAUGUGCCAGACAAAUAUGUUACCUAUGACUGCUUGAAAAAACUGACGUACUUGAAAGCAUGCUUCAAGGAAUCAUAUAGAUUUUUCCCGUUAAACUUGGACACAAAGCGGGUAAUAAAUCACGACAUUGUUCUUGGAGGAUACCAGGUCCCAGCAGGUACGACGAUAGAAAUGUGUUCUUUCGUGCAACAAAUGUCUUCAAAGUUCUUUGAUAACCCGACAGAAUUUCAGCCAGAGCGUUGGAUACGGGGAAGUGAUCAUUUUAAAAUGCACCACCCAUUCAUUGUCAUUCCCUUUAGUCACGGUCCACGGAUGUGCAUAGGUAGACGCAUAGCUGAACAAGAUAUGUACGUGAUGAUGGCUAAGCUACUGAAGACGUACAAAGUAACCACUUCAACUCGGGAUUUGGGUUUGAAAUUUCAAAUAAUUCAAACUCUAGACAAACCUGUCACGUUCUCUUUUGAGAAACGCCAUUAA